ACUUUGUAUAGAUCCUUCAUCCUCGUAUCUCCCAUUUCUUCUCUCCCAAUUUAUUGAGAGCAGCUUUCAAAAUGCGAACAAUGCGUGCCCAAUUUUCUUCUCUGCGCUCUCUCUCUCGACUUUCCCAUGCCACUCCUCGAAGUCUCUCCAUUCAGCCUCGCCUCCUCCGAGCCCAACGCUCGCAGUUCAGACCGUUCUCCUCAUCCUUUCAACGCUUCAAUUCCGCUUCAGACCCUGCUCCCGGACAACCACAGAAAUCCCGUCUCGUAGAGGAGCCCGAAGGCCCUCAGCCACCUACCCCCGAACGUGCACCCCAACCCUCCUACGACCUGACCUUCACCUGCACACCCUGCGGCACACGAAGCACGCAUCGGAUCUCAAAACAGGGCUAUCAUCAUGGAUCUGUCUUAAUCGCCUGUCCCGGUUGUAGGAAUCGGCAUGUCAUUAGCGACCAUCUGAAUAUUUUUGGGAAUAAGAAGAUGACGAUUGAGGAUUUGAUGAAGGAACGGGGUCAACUAGUUAAGAAGGGGACGUUGAGCGAGGAUGGAGAUUUGGAGUUCUGGGAGGAUGGGACGACGACGAAGAGGGCGAAGAAAGAGGAUGAUGUUGCUGCGGCGGGGACCGAGGGGCAGGGGAAACUUGAAUGAUGGGAAUUACCAUAUUCCAGUGCUCCAUGCCAUACCUGGAGUCGCCCUCCAAGACGAGAAGUGACUUCGUGUCGGGUCCCUAACGGAAGGGCGACGGGAUGAUGGAACAUAUUGUAUAAUAUAUGAUUUGGGUACAAGGUGGAUUUAGCGGCAUGGUA